GAUAAUAAUGAUGAUGAUAUUCCAUUGGUGAUAAUUAACAAUAAACAUAAUGAAAAGAAUAGAAAUUUAUUGAAAUUAUUUCAAUCGGAUUCGAAGAAAACAUUGAGGUCAAAGAACAAUGAACAUUGGAACGACCAUAACAACAACAACAACAAGGAUUAUCAUCAUAAACAACAAACUUAUGAUGCGGAUAAAGAUUUGCUAUUGGAUUAUUAUGAUGAUGAAAAAAUAUUACAAAGAAAAAUACGACAAAAUAUUUUACCAAAUCGUGUUAAAAAACCAUUAAUUGAAGCACAUCAACAUCAAAUUUAUAGUGAUGUAAAUGCAAUUGAUGGACGAUUAAUACGUUUACCUUGUUUUGUACGACAAUUAAAUCCAUCUGAUUCAAUAUCAUUAGUAUUAUGGUAUCGUGGUGAUGAUAUAUCUGGUUCACCAAUUUAUAGUGUUGAUGCUCGUCAUCAAUCAUUUGAAUAUCAACAACAACAACAAUUAGAAAUGGAAUCAAAAUUUAAAACUACAUCAUCAAUGCCUUCAACAACAACAACAACAACAUUACCGACAAUAACAUCGAAACCUAUUUCAAAAUCAACAGCACAUCUUUAUAUAAUGCCAAUUGAAGAAAAAGAUUCUGGUCUUUAUUGGUGUAGGGUUGAUUAUAAAUGGGAACGUACAACAAUUUCAACUGUAACAUUAAAUGUGAUUGUACCACCAAGACAACUACAGAUAUUAUUGAAAAUGGAUAGAAAUAAUUAUUUCAAUACAAAACUAAAUCGAUCAAGAAAUGGUGAUGAUGAUUUUGAAAAUCAUGAACAAAAAUCGAGCUUAACA